AUGUUGUUGAAAUCUACCAUAAAUUCAUCGUCGCCGUCGAAGAUCGAUGAUGCUCUGGUCUACAUCGUUGAAGAUGUGGUUCGUCGGAGAGAGAAAGAGAAGAUGAUGAGCGAAGUUGUGCGACGAACAGUGUUGGACGUUGAGAAAGGCCAAUACACUCCAUGGGCCACGUUAUUCCCCAACACUGCCAAGGCUUACAAUGUCUUGGAUCACAUCGACUCCUUGGUAACCAAGCCCACAGAUGUCGAUGAUGCUCUCUGGGGUCGGUUGGACGCCAUUGUGUGUCAAUGGUUAUAUGGUACGAUCACCACCGAUCUUCUCCUUAAUGUUUUGGAUGACAAAUCCACGGCGAUGACGGCAUGGGAACGUCUUCGUAACAUUUUUCAAGAUAAUAAAGGCACUCGGUUGGCUGCUAUAGAUCACCCUAUAUCCGAGGAGCGUCUUGUUCUUCAAUUAGUUGGAAAAUUAACCUCGGAUUAUCUUAUGGUGUCAACUCUUAUUCAACAAUCCACUCCUCUUCCGAUUUUUGAUAAAGCAUGUUCUAUGCUUGAGCUUGAUCGUGUUAGUCGCGAAAAACCUGAGUCGGGUUCGGUUUCGUCGGAUACGGUUCUCUUGGCCGGCAGUAAUCCUUCCCCGCCGUCUCAACCGUCGGCCAGUGGUCUCUCUCAUGGCCACCGGACUGGGUAUGGUCGCCCUAAUGGUAAGCAGAAGGGUAAAUAUAAAGGGAAGUCUCAAGGGGGUCCUAAUCAUCAUCCACAAGGUAAUGCUGCCCAGCCCAUGUUUUAUUCUCCUUGGGCUAAUUCUUGA